AUGAAUGUCCAUUCUCUUACUCUCGCCACAUUGGCAUCGACAGCACCGCUCGUUUCAGCACUUGCACCUGGUCUUGAAAUCGCCUUGACCUUAGAACGCGCAACUCAAGGCAUCAGUAUCUCAACCGAUGGACGCAAGUUCUUGACGCAGAGGUAUUCCACGACGGAUGCACCUCAAGCUGUGGAGCUUCUCAGCAACGGCACGACUAUUCUCUACCCUGACGCGACGUGGAACUCCUGGACCUCGAACUCCACCUUGGAUCCCAAGAAGGCGUUUGUCAGCAUCUACGGUACUCGCAUCGGCCCUGAUGGACGAUUCUGGAUUGUCGACGGCGGUACCACCGAUAGUGAUCGUAACCUUGUCAACGGAUCUAGCAAGCUCGUUGGCGUCAACCUCGAGACCAACCUUGUCGACAAGGCAUACUACCUCGACAACCUUACGGAAACCGGUAGCGUCAUCGACGAUGUCCGAUUCAAUGGUCCACUUUCUACUAUACAUGUCUUCUACUUGCUACCUCGUUUUGUGAUAAAUGGUAACUACGCCUACCUCAGCGACACAAUCGGCGCAUUGGUGGUGAUGGAUCUUACUACUGGGGAAGGUCAGCGUGUUCUCGUGGGCCACAGCUCGGCUCUGGCGUGGUUCCCCAUGGCCUACAACGGUAGUCUCGUCCCGGGUUACCAGGGUGGAACUAGCACCCUCUCCGUCGGCCUUGACCAAAUCGAGGUGUCCCCAGAUGAGGUCUACCUGUACUAUCAGCCCUGCAACGGUGGCAUGUACCGCGUCAAGACCGAAUACGUCAAUGGGGCCUUGACGAACAGCACUCUUGCCGCCAGCCUGGGAGACUACGUCGAGCCUUUCGCGCUUACCCCUUCUACUGGAGGCACCACUAUUGACGGAGAUGGAAACAUCUAUGUUAGCGACACCAAUCUUCCCGCUAUCCGGAAGGUCCAGCCGGAUGGGUUUUCGUCCAUUCUUGUUCAAGACGAUGCGCUGGUCUGGACUGAUCUGAUGUGGGUCGAUGCGAACAAGACCCUUUGGCUUCCCGGCUCGCAGAUGCGGCCCGGAGCGAACGGGCUGAUGGCCGAUGGACCUCACAACAUCUUGACCUUCCCCAUCGAAGCUGGUCCGUCUUUGAUUGACCAUGCCUAAAGGGGACUUUGUAUCACUAUCCAACUCUUGCGAUCCUUGUAUAUAUCUAGACAGAUCUUGCAUAUGUA